AUGUGUUUAGUUGUUAAAGGUCUUAUUAUUGCAUGUCUUAUUAGCGGAAUUAUUGGUGUAGCUACCGGAUUAAGUUAUGCUAUGAAAAGUAAACAUAUUUUAGUUGCUGAUAACAACAAGGUGUUUGUCGUAUCCCCCAACAUUGGCGUAUCAAGUAUCUUGGCUAUUAUUGCACUUGGAUUUAAUUUGUGUACUGCUAUUGCAACAUUUUUCAUCAAAUGA